UUGUGGACUUUCCAGAGCACAUAGGAGGAGGAAGAGGAGGGGGAGGGGGAGUAAGAAGAGGAGGGGGUAGGAGGAGGAAUGGCUGGAUGAAGAUUCUCAGCCACACUGCCACGACGGUCGGUGGUUCUUGUUCUCCAGUCAGCGGUGAGACUUCGUGUGGGUCGGGUGUGCUGCCUCGCGUCUCUCCCUCCACUCUCUCUCUCUCACUCCAUCACUGGCUCACACGCGACUCAGGAGUGACAGACAGACUAACGAAACUUUAACGUCCCUACCUCAAGAAACUAAGGGAGAGAGAGAGGGAGAAAAUAUAUAAAGAAAAGGUGGAAGCCAAAGAAAAUUAUUAACGUGGAAUAACACACAAGAGCGACAGAGAAAAGGAAAGACAGAAAGAAAAAUCACACCAUAUUUACUUUGACUUUGGAACAUUUUACUAAGCGUGUUUUUUCAUGUGUGAAGACAAGAAGUGUUUGUACAUGCGCCUGUGUAUGUGUGUUUGUCGAGUAUGAGAAGAGUACUCUCCUAGAACACACACACACACACACACACACACACACACACACGCACACACACACACACACACACGCAGGAUCGUCGACCCCAAAAGGUCGCCGCUCCCCGCCAGGAUGCUCCCCCCUCUCGGCAGGUCACGCGGCCUGCUCACCCUGGCCGGCCUGCUACUGUGUGUGUCCCUGACCGUGGCCUACCCCUACGCCCUCCUCCGAGGUAGUCGAUACGGCUACUCGCGGAACAUCAACCCGAGCAAAUGCUACAUCGGCAAGGAGAGGGGCGUGUGUAUGUUCGCCUGGAAUUGCAUGAAGGCCAACGGGACUCACCUGGGCACGUGUAUGGACAGCUUCUACUUCGGGUCGUGCUGUAAGCUGCAACACAUGCCAGACACCGACGAAAUCCCGGAUGACGUUUCCAAUCAAUUGACGAAUGAAAUCAAGCCUCUUAGUCCCUCUCCAGACGGUGACGAGAAGCAAGACGAUGAUGUGAUAACGCAAGGAGAGGCACAAGAUGAUAGCAGUGAAAGCAGUGUUAACGGAGAAGGAGCAGGAUUAGGAGAAGGAGGAGGAGGAGGAGGAGGAGGAGAAGAGGUAACAACGCUUGGAUCGGUGGGACAGGAGAUCCAGAGUGAUGGCAGUGAUGCGGGAUAUCUUACCCCUGAAAUUGUUCCACCAGGAGGAGGAGGAGAAGCAGGAAGUGUAGAGACCAGCGAUGAGAAGAAACCCCAACAAGAUGACGGAGAGGCAGCAGGAGGAGAAGCAGUCAUCGGAGAGACAGAGACAAGCGGGGAGAAGGAGAGUGGUGAGAAAGUAACCAACGAUGAGGCGGGAAGCCGCAACGAGACAACGGAGGCACCAGAAAUCUUCCCGUCGGAGCCCUUCGUGCCCACCAGCAUGCGCCCCGGUCAAGGAGAGAAGCCAGACCAGCCGACAGGAGCCGCCGACGAUGGAGAGGAGGCGGCUGCGGGGACGGAGGAUAGCGUGGCUGCAGAUCCUUCGCCAUCCACCAGUUCCCCUCUGCCCACAACCCUUCUCGCUGAACAGAGUGGAAGUGCUGAAGAAGACGCUGGAGGAGUCACCGAAGUAGCUACAGAGAGGCCCACUGAGGCAGGAGCUUCGGGAGUAACUGAAGGAAUCGUAGGGGUGACUGAAGACGAUUCUGAAGGAGUGACUGAAGGAGCUACUGUAGAAGUCACUGAUCAAGUUACAACAAGAGUCACUGAAGGGAUCCCUGCAGGAGAUGAGGAGGCAGGCACCACUGAGACCCCAGGCACCCAGACACCAUCUAGCGGCGAGGAAGACGACACUGGAGGCCCAACCGAAGCACCGGGGUCAAUAGAGGACACCGAAGACGACUCCACGACUUCGACUCCUGUAAAUAUCUACACCCCGGCGCCGGUAGGAGCUCCGGGAACAGAACAAACAGACCAGGACACAACAGAGUCACCCUUGGCACAGACCACACUGAGGGAGGACGAGAGCUCACAGGAGACGACGGAAGAAAUCAUAACGACCAUCAGGACCCCAGUGGACGACCUCACCACCAUCGUAUCAACUGGACCCUCCGCUACGACCUUGAGUCCCACUUCUGGGGAGGUGGACACAACCAUCUCCUCAGUGUCCACUCAAGAGACGACCAUCCAGAGUGUUCCCCCCAGCACAAUCAUCCCCGUUGGCUCAUCAUCGGAGGAGGACACAUCGUCACCAGUAACCUCACCCUCAACGACCCCGCAAGAAACCACCACAACGGAGCCAUCGACAACUAGAGGCAUUCCUAUCGUCUUCCCGGGACCGUCCGCCGCCGAUGUGACCACAGAACUGCCUGAGGACACUGAGAGAACACCUAUACCGACCACCAUGAGGCCUUUGGUAGUACGGCCGGUCACUAAGCCAUCCACGACCACCACGAUCACCACGACCACCGCGCAGGACAGCUCAGAGGUGGAAGGGACGGAGAAACCAACCCCAGAGACUGGUAGUGGCGAGUCAUCCACCACCACCACCCAGAAGACACCGACGACCACGGAGCAGCCGACGGACGAGUUGCUGGAGAAACUGAAGAAUGCCGCCAGCACGGAGAUCUGCGGCAAGCCCGUCUACCCCACCAAGAGGAUCGUGGGAGGCAACGAGGCGACCUUCGGGGAGUGGCCGUGGCAGGUGUCCCUCAGGCAAUGGCGACACGUGACCUUCCUGCAUAAGUGCGGCGCCGCGCUGGUCAACAGGAACUGGGCCAUCACUGCCGCCCACUGCGUCGAGAACGUCCAGCCAGAACAGCUCUUGGUUCGUCUCGGGGAGUUCGACCUCGAGACAUCCGAUGAGCCGUACCCGUUCGUGGAGAGGAAGGUUCAGAUCGUCGCCUCACACCCCAAGUUCGAACCCAGGACCUUCGAAUACGAUCUGGCUCUCCUUAGGUUUGACGAGCCGAUCGACUACCAACCCAACAUCAUCCCAAUCUGCAUCCCCCAAGACGACUACAACUUCCUCAACGACACUGGCUACGUCACGGGCUGGGGACGACUAUACGAAGACGGGCCCCUCCACUCCAAGAUGCAGAAGGUGGCGCUGCCCGUGGUAAGCAAUGGGGAGUGUGUUCGGAUGUUCCUGAGGCGCGGAGGCAUCGUCAGCAUCCCGAGAAUCAUGCUGUGUGCCGGCUAUGCGGAGGGGGAGAGGGACGCCUGCGAGGGUGAUUCCGGUGGUCCCUUGGUGAUUCAGAGGAGGGGUCGCUGGAGACUGGCUGGCGUCAUCUCGUGGGGCAUCGGCUGUGCUCUCCCCAACCAGCCCGGCGUCUACACCAGAAUAUCAGAGUUCAGAGAAUGGGUCGAUAAGAUUGUGGUGUUUUAGAGAUCGGUUCAUAUUCCUGAUUAUUACGACUGCUGCUCCUUCUCUGAUGGGUCGAUAGUAUUACAGCAAUGACUAUUAUUAUUAUUAUUACUGUUUGCUUUUUUCGUUUAUUAUUAUUAUUUUUUUUUAGUGUUAUUAUGUUUUUAAGUUGCGAUUGUGAUUUUGUGAUUUUGUGAUUUUGUGAUGUUUUCUUCCUUUUUUUUGUUUUGUUUUUGGUUUGAUUUUUUUUUCUUGGUUUCCUUAUUUAUGUAUUUAUUUAGUCCAGUAUUUAUUUUUCUAUGUAGGCUCACUUCUUUGUUUCUGCCUAAUAUCUCUCUCUCUCUCUCUCUCUCUCUCUCUCUCUCUCUCUCUCUCUCUCUCUCUUAUACUGUUUAAUAGCCAAGAAGAUGAAUCCUGUUAUGUUAGGUAGUAGCUGUUGUUGUUUUCUGUUAUUGUUGUUAAUAAUGUUAUUCUCAUCUUAUUUAUUACCCCAUUUAAUUGGUGAUAAUCAUAUUGCGACCGCGUGCGUGCGUGACUGACAUUCAUUAGGAGAUUUUGAUACAUUUUGAAAAGCAUAAAAAAUCUAAUUCCUGGUAAAAUAGUUCUUGUUUCUAUAUUACUAAAUAGAAAAUUACAUAUACAUAAAUAGAUAAUUAACUUUAUAUAAAUGGAUAAAAACCAAUUUAUUUAAUCUUACGGUUCCCCCAAAAAUUGUAUAAAAUGAUAUAUUCUCACUUUACUGGGAAACAAUUAAAUAUUCUCAAAGUAUUGAAAAAAAUAUUAUGUCUUAUGAGGAAGGAACGCGAUGCUCACUUGUUAUUCCUCUUAUUUUAUGCAAGGCGAUCCUCUUUUGUUUCCAGGGAUGGGAGCAUUCGUCCCCUUAUGACAUAGGCAUUAUGAUACUACAGGUCUCGUUUAUGUUUUUGUUUUAUGUGUGUGUGUGUGUGUGUGGGUGGGUGGGUGUGUGUUCUCUCGGUUUAAAAGCAUAUAAGAAGAAAAAAAAUGAAAACUGUUUGAACAGGAUGUGAUAGUUUAAACAUUCGUUCAUGUUUGUGGGUGUGUUUGUGUGUAGCUACGGGUGCGAUUGUGCGUGUUUGAGAUUUUUUGUUUGUUUGUUUGUGUUGCGUCAUUCUUGUCAUCGCUUAUUUUUCUCUUAUCAUUUUGUUCAUUCUCAUCACAAUAAACGGGAGGAAAGAUGAA